CAAAGAUGGACUUGUGCACUUCAUGCGCGUCAAUGGAGCUGGCGUCGCAUACACAGAGACAUAGUGCUCAACUAAAGCACCGUUAGCUCGGGCAUUUCCCCGACAGACUGGGUAAAAAUGAGUGUACAUCAUGAAAAGGCCCAGCGCUACAUUGGCCUCCUCGACGCGGCGCGCAUAGCCGCUAAUUGGCAAGAACUGCCAGAGUUGAUACGAAAGGUCACGAAACAUGCUCCAGAUCGCAAAUGUAUGGUCUUCGAGUCGCAGCAGCCUUCGUUCUGACACCGUCUGCAGGCCUGAUUCAGACUGCCAAAGUCGACCACGGAAUUGCUAGCUAUGCUACCUCACAGAGUCAACGACCAGGCACCGGAGCCAGCACCCAGACACUACCAGAAACGCAGGUCGUGUCCCUCGAAUCUGAACUACGUGCUAGCGGUCAGCCGUUUGAAGAUGUUGUACAAGGACAGGCGUCGCUUCUCUGGGCUCACUGGGUUGGGCCACUACAGCAAGAUAAGGUUGGAGCCAUAACGUUUGAACCUGCUCGUGCAGCUGCCGAUGCAAACUCCGUCUGGACAAAAAUAUGCGUGGUCAAAGCUGUCUACAUACGAGGCAUGCUCAUCAGCCAGGCUGGGAACGAGCCGCAAGGAAAAGAACUACACUACAACAUUCUCCCGUGGCUAGACUCGAAUCGGAGCCUUGUUCUCUCGACUCCACAACUGUUGUACUGGGCGCAACAGCUUCUUGGUCGAGUCGCUUUGGGCCAGCGGCAACCUAGAAAGUCUACUCUUGCUCACCCAGACAGUGGUGAAGUUGCGUCCUUCAGGCUGCAAGCUUUCCGCCACUGGGCAGUGUUAGCUGCGAAGAAUCAAGAUGUGUCGCCUUCGGCAUUCGGCAACGCACCAGGUCAUGUUUCGAAACUUGCGAUGUGGAGAGCGUACUACAAAUUUGUGUCUGCAAUUCUGCUGCAGCAGCAUCACAGCGCUGCCCAGUCAGUCUCUUCCACUCCUGCCGAGCUGGCAACUGAGCUGCGGCGGGUGGAGACAUCGUGUGAAAACGAGCUCUUGCGGAACACACAAUUCCCCAAAGCGAGUGAAUCAAACCUAAUGAUCGAAGAAUGGGUGGAAGAGGUUAUUCGCAAUUGGCAGGUCCUUUGCGGUCCUGACUGGCCCGAGUCGGAUCUAGGACAGGGCGGCCGGAUUGCUAUUGGCAGAAAUGUGCUUGACAUUCUUUAUCGAGCUGCGACGAAAACCUUUCACUCGACUCUCAUCCUCAGACGGUUAUUCCAAGUCCAUAAGGCUCUAGCGGAUUUUGGCCUCGCUUACAAGGCUCUCGACUCAUACAUAGAGCUUAUGGAUCGAGCGCGAGCGCGAGCGGCCAAAGCCGGCGGCGAGACAACCAGGCGGGACAACGAUCACAUCUAUAUGAGGACCAUUGCCGAAGGUGUCGAAGGAAUUUGUUCAUUCGGAGGUGCAUCUGACGCCGAGAAGGCGUAUGAUCUAUGCCUCAAACUUGGAGACCUGCUUGACGACAUAGAGCCUCAACCUGAGCAUAGCAUCCCCUAUGGCUCAGAACCGGCCAAUGGAGAAUUGAUCACGAACGGGUCAGUACGAGAGCCCUUACCUGCCCAUGUGGUGGAGGUCGUCUACCGAGCCAUCGGGAUCGGCAAAUCGCAGUGGGCUCGGUAUACGCCCUUCAGCGAAAAUCGAUCGACGUUGCAGUCCGAAGCCAUACAGGAUUUGCGGAAGGCUGCCUCACAAGAGCUUCCACCUCAACAGAAGCUGAAGACCCUCUUUGCACUUGGUAAAUUGCUUGGGGAAACACGCGAGGUAGACGACGCAAUAUUUGUCGUGAAGAAAGCAUUGGCCUGUGACUUGUCUGUCCACCAAGAUGACUCCACGUACAGAGUGCAGCGGGAUCUCAUUCCCUUUUGGCACCUGCUUGCUCUUUUGCUUUCCUCCAAGCAGAACUUUGAGAUUGCAGGCCAAACUUGUGUAGCCGCCUUUGAGCAAUUCCCUUCCCCAGAUGUCAUCUUUGGCGACAGCCGUGGUGUUUCAAGGGGCGGCGAGAAGCAUAUUCAAGGUAGCCGGCACCGGGGACUCGUUGAUGACAUGGAUUGCGAUGAACUGCAGAAGAUUAUUGAGAUUCGAAUUUCCGAGCUUGCUUUGACCGAACUUCGGGAAGGUCCCGAGCACGCAGUCAACAACAGCAACGACUUGCUUGCAUUAUACUCCCGGCUCUUUGCACGUUAUGGCACCCUUGCCCUAAACGAGGACAGGUCGAGGUCGAGAACAAAGUUGGCGCAGCCUCCUAAAACCUCAAACGGCACAAUCAAAAGCUCCAAAGGCAGUAUCUUUUCUCGGAGGAGAAUAAGCCGGUUGCAUGAGUCUGCAAAAGGUCAGAAGACGAACGGGCCACCUUCCGUCCCUGAAGAAAAAGCGCGGCCGGCCUCUGAGGCCACUCAAGCACCAACUAUCCACGUCACGAAUGAGGACGAGAAACCAUCGCCACAUAAGCAUCGCUUGUUUCGACCGUCGCAAGAGCGUUCAAGGGACGAAAAGCGAAAUUUGGCACGCCGUUUCUCACGGUCGCGAAGUCGUGGCAGGACAGAUCCCAGUCACGGGUCGGAUACUGGGCAAUCGUUUGAAACGACGCCCGAGAAAGCGCCACCCUCAGAUGAGCCAGAACAUCCCGGGCUAGAGACAAUCAAGUCCGAAGAAGUGCCCGCUAUACCUGCGUCAGCGAAUCAUAAUCAGAGUAAUGCUGCCAAACAGCCAUUGAAAGAGUUGCCUCACAAUCUUGCUUCCCACGACAAGAUGCCACCACCUGUACAGCAUCAGACUCAGCCCCCCGAACAGGACGUACGUCUGCCGACGGCGGGAUCCCAGAGCAUACCGUCAGAUCCUAUACCUCGCUUUCCUCAUGCAGCGUCACAUCGGCAUGCCUUGAGUAUCCUGGUAAAGAUCUGGCUCAUCAUCGCUGUGCUUUAUAGGCGAGCCAAAAUGUUCGACGAUUCACGUGAGGCAUGCGAUGAGGCAGCGAAAGUGGCCGCGAAGAUCGAGGCCAUGGUUGCCGGUAUCGAGAGCUCGGCCCGGGCAUUCAGCGACGCUGGCUGGGGCGGCGGUGGCAAGAGCUCUGAUGAGCUUUGGGCUGAUGUCUACUGCGAACGAGCCGAACUCUUGAUGGCUAUUGCGCAGGAAAAGGAGGAGAAAGAAGGCCAAGUCUAUUCGGAAGGGGUGCGCGAUGCCGUUGAGCAGUACGAAACAUGUUUGAUGUAUUUUGCCGACCACCUUGGAGGCAUUGUCGGACUCAGCAACCUGUUACUGGACUACUAUGAGCGCAAGGUUGAAUUGGCUAGGAGGGUCGAUGGUGGCCCAGCCAAGAUGAGGGAAACGCCGGCAGAUAGGGGCCGAAAACAACACAAGCGAGAAUUGAGCCGCUCCAGUGACAGCGGUGCAGGCAACGGUCCGUUUGAUAUGGACGGGACGGCCUUUCUACCAGGACUCACACAGUCGCAUGCUUCAAAGGAUGAGGAACUCAAAAAGACGCCGGAAAACCUCAAUCGAUUGGCAGCACGAGAUCGAGCAUAUGGAUUGUUGUCGACCUUGACGAGACUGGGGUCCAGCUGGGACAAUUCAGAGGCUUGGUUUGCACUGGCACGAGCACAUGAACUUGGCGGAGAAGUUGACAAGGCGAAAGAGAUCUUGUGGUGGUGCGUCGAGCUGGAAGAUACACGACCUAUCCGACACUGGUCGAAUGUAGGCUGUGGAGGGUACGUCCUCUGAGAAAACGAAGGAUGCUUGAGCCUGCCUGUCACACAAUCUCAAACGCUGCUGUGAAUGAAUUAAUUUCUGGGCGAGUCGAGGAAGUGUUACAGCAUCGGACGCCGACAAGGACGAGGGGACUUGAAGAGGCUGAGGCAGCGUGGCUGGGGGUUUUGCCAACAAGGCCCUUGCGAGCCAUUGGGAGCCAAUCGUUUAUUCAUUAGGAGGAGGAGGAGGAGCGGAGCGAGGCUCGCGAGGAGGCUGAACAGCUGAAAUGAUACUACUACUUAUGCGGCGAGGCGGUUGACCACCCAGUAUUUUUAGCAGCCCCCCGGACUGGCCUGAAGUGCUAGACUGGCCUCACUAGCCUCACAGCCUGAUGAGGCUCACCAUAAGGUAAGACGCCCAGUAUGAUCGAUAACCACUUGAAACGCGAACGGUUGUCCUUUGAUAUUGCACCCAAGUGUCACUGGGAUCUUCCUCGGAGAGGAGUUGCACAAACAGUCAGGUCUGGUGG